CGACAGCGAAGCCCAGUGCUUACUGAGCAGCGCUCUGAGCCGGCACUUCCCCGGCACUUCCCCUCGAGGACCCACUAGGACAAGUGACGCUGACCCAACUUCACCAUGACCAAGAAAAGGAUCGCCGUAAUUGGAUCAGGAGCAAGUGGGCUCACCUGCAUCAAGUGCUGUCUGGAAGAAGACUUGGAACCUGUCUGCUUUGAAAGGUCUGAUGACAUCGGAGGACUGUGGAGGUUCCAGGAAACCCCUGAAGAAGGAAGGGCCAGCAUCUACAAGUCCGUGGUCAUCAACACCUCUAAGGAAAUGAUGUGUUUCAGCGACUACCCCAUCCCAGAGCAUUACCCCAACUUCAUGCACAACUCCCAGGUCCUCGAGUACUUCAGGAUGUAUGCUAAAGAAUUUGACCUUCUGAAAUAUAUACAAUUCAAGACCACAGUGUGCAGUGUGAAGAAGCAACCUGAUUUCUCCACUUCGGGCCAAUGGGUGGUGACCACUGAAUGUGGAGGGAAAAAGCAGGUGGAUGUCUUCGAUGGAGUCCUGGUUUGCACAGGCCACCACACAGACGCUCACCUACCCUUGGAAAGCUUUCCUGGAAUUGAAAAGUUCAAAGGAAAGUACCUUCACAGCCGAGACUAUAAGAACCCAGGAGAAUUCACUGGGAAGAGAGUCAUUGUAAUUGGCAUUGGGAAUUCUGGGGGGGACCUGGCUGUCGAGAUCAGUCACACAGCCAAGCAGGUCUUCCUCAGUACCAGGAGAGGAGCUUGGAUCCUGAACCGCGUGGGGAAACAGGGAUAUCCGAUCGAUAUGGAAAUCUCUUCUCGACUUACCUACUAUUUGUCAAAGAUCUUUGGUUCAUCAAUAAAAAAUGGAUAUUUGGAAAGACGGUUGAACCAAAGGUUUAAUCAUGAAAUGUUUGGCCUGAAGCCCAAACACGGACCUCUGAGUCAGCAUCCAACCAUCAAUGACGAACUGCCAAACCGCAUCAUCUCUGGCUUGGUGAAGGUGAAAGGGAACGUGAAGGAAUUCACGGAGACAGCUGCCAUAUUUGAGGAUGGCUCCCGGGAGGAUGACAUCGAUGUAGUCGUCUUUGCCACAGGCUACAGUUUUGCCUUCCCCUUUCUUGAGGAUUCUGUCAAAGUUGUCAAAAACAAGGUGUCCUUGUAUAAAAAGGUCUUCCCGCCUAACCUGGAAAAGCCAACUCUUGCCAUCAUCGGAUUGAUUCAGCCCUUGGGAGCCAUUAUGCCUAUUUCAGAGAUCCAAGGACGCUGGGCCACUCAGGUGUUCAAAGGGCUAAAGCAGUUGCCCUCACAAAGGGAAAUGCUAGAAGACAUAAAUAAGAGUCGAGAGGAAAUGGAAAAAAGGUAUGUGGACAGCCAGCGUCACACCAUCCAGGGAGACUACAUAGACACCAUGGAAGAGAUUGCAGAGUUGGUGGGUGUGAAGCCCAAUCUUCUGUCUCUGGCCUUCACUGACCCCAGGCUGGCACUGCAGUUACUACUGGGGCCCUGCACUCCAGUCCAGUAUCGCCUACAGGGCCCUGGCAAAUGGGCCGGAGCUCGACAAACUAUCCUUACGACCGAAGAUCGUAUAAGAAAGCCUCUGAUGACGAGAAGGGUUGAAAAGGGCGAUUCUGGGGCUUCACUAAUGACAGUACGUGUCUUCAUGCUGGCCGUUGCUUUCUUUGCUCUAUUCCUGGCUUAUUUUUAGAUGUGGUCAUGUUAGUCUUCCAGCUUUCUCUGGAAGCCUCAUCUAGCAACACCUUUCAGAACCCGACAAGACUGAAGACUCAGCUUCCUUCUGCUUAGAAAUCACUCUCAACCUCUCUCUCUCUCUCUCUCUCUCUCUCUCUCUCUCUCUCUCUCCACCUAUCUAUCUAUCUCUAUCUAUCUAUCUAUCUAUCUAUCUAUCUAUCUAUCUAUCUAUCUAUCUAUAUAUAUAUAUAUCUACCUUGGUUUUCCUUCUGCAAUGCUGGGGUUUCAUUUAUCAAUUCAUCUUCCUUCCUCUCUUGAGCCUCCACUUUUUCCUUCUGGAAAUUCCCAGGCAGUGAAGUCAGGUCCUCUUUCAUCAUCUUUCAAAUGUCAUUAGCAGAAUUCUUCUAAAACUUGACUACUGUAUGUCUAAUCUUGUAUAACUAGACUUCAGUUUGUAAUAAUACAUCUUGAAAAGGGCUGCUCUUAUUAUCAAGCACAGACUGAUUACAACUUGACAUUGUAAUCAAAGCCAACAUGUCUAUCUCAGGAAUUUCUGAAGAAGGCAGUUCAGCAAGAAUUAAUCAUUUAGUGGUGAGGGCUGGAAGUCCAAGAUCAAGGAUGCAGACUGCUAGAAACUCCUAACUUCAUGAUUAAUACGGUGAGGGCAUUAAUGGUAAUGGCAAAACAGAAAAUAUGUCCUUAGCUAAGUUCUGAUGUGUAGCACAUGCUUAAUAAAUAUUCAUUGAUAUAUAUGAACUAAGCUGGCAUCCCCAAGUCAAUCUAAUAAAUGACUGCCUCCAUGGGACUCUUCUUCUGUUACAAUUCACUACCUAUCAGAUGGUUAAUUUUUGUUCUUAACAUUAUAACUGAAUAGGCCCAUCUUUAAGAUGGGUACUGGGAAUUUGAACUCGGGUCCUCUUGCUUUCAUGAACAAGUCCUGUCACAGAGCCAUCUCCCUAUCCCCUACUUCUGCUCGCUUUAAUAAAGAAACCACUAGACCAAGCAUAGUGCCACAUACCUGGAAUUCCAGAACUUAGGCGUUCCAGGCAAAGGCUCAUCACAAGUUCAAGACCAGCCUAGUCUACAUAGUGAGUUUCAGGCCAACUAGGUUUACCUUGUGAGAACUUGCCUCAAAUGACCACAACAACAACAACAAAAAAGUAAAACAAGAAAAGAAAAAAAUAAUAAAAAAAAAAAAAAUAAAAAAAUUUAAAAAAAAAGAAAAGAAAUUGCUCCUUGGUUUUAAAAGUCAUUGAGAGAAUUUGGUAUUUUCCAAUAGGUUGGUUGAAGAAUUUGGGGGGUUUUGCUUAGCUGUCUUGGCUUGAUGUGCAGGUACCUGUAUUAGGGUCCAGUAAGACUUUAUUUAACUGAGGAAGUAAGUACGGCCAGCUGCAGAGGUGGGGUCUGCCAGUAUGAUUAGUAUCCCCCUCCACCCUCUCUUCCCUUCAGAGUCGACACAGUAAGACUCAAUGAGGUCAUUUACGGAAGUUAGAAUUAAUUUUUACUGACAUUAGUCUUAACUAGGGCAUUCUGUCUAGACCAGUUCUUGUGUGCUACAGCAUCAUUCAGAAAAACAGGAAAUGAACUGUGUAGCAAGCUUUCUUGUCAGGCUACCUUUGGACCACCAGUCCGCAAAUAAGGACUCAGAGACUUAUUACUAAUUAGGAAAACUUAGCCUUAGCUCAGGCUUUUCCCCAACAUAAUUAACCCAUUUUUUUAAAAAAAAAAUUCUUUGUUCUGCUACAUGGCUCAGUUACCCCUUUUUGGUACAGCACACCCGAUUCUCUCUGAGUCUGUUAGUAAAAUCAAGCACCUCGAUUCCUCCUCUCAGUUCCUCUCUCUCUGCCCGGAAGUCCAGCCUCUACCUCCUGCCUAGCUAUUGGUUGAUUACCUUUUUUUUAAAAAAAAAUUACACCAAUCACACCAAUCACAGCAUCUUCACACAGUGUGCAAAUAUCCCACGAUAGAACUGAAUGGCAGAAGUUAAGAAGCAUCAGCUAUCAUGAUCACUGAACUUCCUGAGCAUAGGUCCUGGUCAUGCAGGCAGGGGAUCUUCAGAAACAACUGCUGGGUAGUGUCUCUAAAUGGGCUGCUGUCAAUCAUUGAAGGAGGGGCUAAGUUUGGCCAGCAUUAGAAUAACACAAAUUUACAGAAGCAGAUAUGUAAGAAUUCAAACUCUUUCCUAAUCUGACAUGUAUUUGGACAACUGCCUAACAUUUUACACAAUGUACAUUCUGUGAACUUCAGCACUGAGCCCCGGUAUUGUUCCUGGCGUCUUUUUCCUUCCCCAAUCCUUUUGAAAUUGUUUCUCAUUAUUAAAAUGGAUCUGGAUUUUCUUUUAA